AUGGAUAUUCCUAUUAAUGUCAAUUGGAGCUUUAAAAGCAUGUUGAAACUAAGGCAUGCUAUUUCUCAUCUAUUUGUUGGUUCAGGCAAUGAUUUUAAAACUGGGCAGAUUUGGGAGGAUUUACGUGUUAAAGUUCCAAAGGUUCCACGGCAUAGCCUGGUUUGGUUUCCAGGACGUAUUCCCAAUCACAAUAUCAUUGUGUGGAUGGCUAUUCUAAAUAGGCUUCCUACCAGGGUAAGACUUUUGAGAAUUAGAUUAAGCAUUGAGAAUGAUAAGUGUGUACUUUGUGGUGCUGAGGUUGAGAUUAGAAAUCACUUGUUCUUUGAUUGUGGUUUUAUAAGGGAGUUGUGGGAUGAUAUCCUUACUUUGUGUGGUGUAACUCGCAAUGUUAGUUGCUGGAAAAGGGAGUUGGCAUGGACUAUUCACUGUUUUAAAGGAAAAUCUCUCAUUGUGAGGGUGUUUAAGCUUGUUUGGGUUGGUCAUGUGUAUGACAUGUGGAACGAGAGAAAUACUAGACUUUUUGGGGGCAAAGUUAGAUUGGUGGGUGAUGUGUUGAAGGACAUCAAAGAAACUAUUCAGAUUGAAAGAAUGAGCUAUUAG